AUGGAAGGAUCCAAGCAAGCUGGAAGAGGAAGGAAAGCUGCAAAGAAUAAAAGUACUCCAUUCCAGUUUAAGAAGGCUGGUUUUAAAUCUAAAUUGAAGGCUAAGGCAAAUACAAAUUUAAAACAAAUGAUUUCAGCUGAUUCUAACAAGUUUGGAAAUGUAGUUGGAUCAUAUAAUUUUAUUGAAAGCGGAUAUAGUAUCAAACCAGCUAAGAAAUAUUGAAAUUUCACUGGCUUCCAUGCUAAAUAUACUGAUAAAAAGACAAGAUUGAGUUAUUUCUCCUUCGACCUAUUCAACGCAGUAGAGAAUAUUACUUAUGAUCAGCUCAAGCAGAGAGACAUGUUUAAUAGUAUCUAAUUUUAAAAUUUAAAGAAUUCCUCUUUGUUGG